AUGUGUCGAUGGGGUUGUCCUGAUUAUGAAUCGACAUAUAUGUGUAAAUUCUGUGGUACACGUUACUGUUCUGAAUGUCUUCAUGGUGAUUUUCAUGGAUUGAUGACGCAGCCGGAUCACUGUCGGAAAUGCAAUCAGUUUAAAUGUCAAGGUAAACGUGUUGAAGUUGUUGUAUUUGCUCCAGGUACUGAACCGAAAGGUUCAAAGAAGUCUGGUAAAGAUUUCAGUCCUGUUAUCUUUUCUUGCGCUAUUAUUUGUCGGUUUGUAUUUUCAUACAAGUCUUGCUUUCGUACCAUUGAAAGACAAAUCGAUCAGUUCCUAUCUUCGUCUUCUUCAAUCAUUCAGACCGUAAACAUCGGAACAACUGUGGCCAGUGCGCGGCCUGUUGGUGAAACUGGUCGUCGUCGUUCGGGACGCGAUUCAUUGAGUUCAAUCGUUCAGGGACGUCCGUCAGUGUCCAUGGCAACGAAUAAAAAAUCAUCAGUUACGGCUAGUCCAGGAUCACAAUCGGAUAUGAACACAAAACGAGCGACGUCAAGUGGAAACAUUUCAAAUGCAAUCGUUCCUACAAUUAAGAAAGAAUCAUCGAGUGGUUUCAAUUAUCAAACUUUAACAGAGACAUCACCUUUAAAUAUGCCUAAAACGAGAAUCAAAAGCAAACAACCUAUUCGAUCGCACAGUUCAACGAAUGCUGAGCUUAGUUAUCAUAUACAACAAUUACGAAAUCUAAGUAAAUUGAAAUCGACAAUUAGCGGCGAUGGUCGACAUAGCAAUACGGAUGAUCGCAUACGGUUAACUUCGUCGAAUUUGAAAGUUGAAUGUGAUGAAAAUGGCACGGGAGCAGUACGUACGACCAUGGAAGUGGAAACAAUUGAGGCAAGCAUAGAUCUACCUGUUUCAUGGAAACCAGCUUUACAACAAAUAACGAUCGAAAGAGAUGCAUGGGAUCAUAAAGUUGAAUUUCUGCUUGCAGUUAUUGGUUAUGCGGUUGAUUUAGGCAAUGUUUGGCGAUUUCCAACUAUCGUUUAUAUGAACGGUGGAGGAGCCUUUUUUAUCCCGUAUUUCAUUCUUCUAAUCUUUGGUGGUCUACCACUGUUCUAUAUGGAACUUGCUCUCGGCCAAUACCAUCGAUCAGGUGUCUUUACUGUUUGGACGCAUAUCUGCCCGUUGGUAAAAGGCGUCGGUUGGGCUACGGUUUUAAUCAAUUUUAUGAUGGCAAUGUUCUACAAUACUAUCAUUUCUUGGGCAGUUUAUUAUUUAGCUAUGACAAUCUUUAAUAUUCGAUCUUCAUUACCCUGGAAAGAAUGUCAUCAUCCGUGGAAUACAGAAUGUUGCGUAGCUGCUAGUGCUCAUGAGCAUCAAUACACACAACAAUUAAAUAAUUUGACAAAAAAGGUCUUGAAUGCCACAUCGUUAUUAACGAGAUCGUCGAGAGAAAAUUGCACUCGGUUGGUUUAUUCAACUGAAGAAUUCUUCUUUCGACGUGUUCAAGAAGUUGACAAAGCAAACUCGUUCAAUGAUUUAGGCAAAAUAAAGUGGGAACUUGCUGCUUGCCUUUUUGUUGUCUUUAUUUUCGUCUAUUUCGCACUUUGGAAAGGCAUCAAAAGUUCAGGAAAAGCAGUCUGGAUUACAGCAAUUGCACCCUAUGCAAUUCUUUUGAUCCUACUGUUACGUGGUAUAACUCUUUCAGGUUCAUCUAUAGGCAUUCAGUACUAUCUUCAGCCAAAAAUGGAGCUAUUGAAAAGUUUUUCCAUCUGGAAUGCAGCUGCGACCCAAAUCUUUUUUUCACUUGGACCGGGCUUCGGUGUUCUCCUAGCACUAUCGUCUUACAAUAAAUUUCAUAAUAAUUGCUAUCGAGAUGCAUUGGUAACAAGUUCAAUCAACUGUGCCACUUCAGUCUUGGCCGGUUUUGUCGUUUUUUCAACAUUAGGUCAUAUGGCUGAUGUGUCGCAUAAAACAAUCGAACAAGUUAUUGAAGACAAAGGUUCGGAACUUGUUUUCAUUGUUUAUCCACACACAAUUGCUCUAAUGAAUUGGUCAAAACUAUGGUCUAUUCUGUUCUUCUUCAUGUUGAUUACUCUCGGUAUUGACAGCACAUUCGGCGGUUUGGAAUCGAUUAUUACAGGCCUAUGCGAUGAAUUUCCACAAAUCUUUGGUCGGCAUCGAUCAUUAUUUGUCCUAGGUGUACUGGUCAUAUGCUAUCUUGGUGCACUACCAACAUGUACCUACGGUGGCGAUUAUAUUGUCAAUUUGAUGAAUGAAGUGUCAGUUGCACCUGCACUGCUUUUGGUCGUCUUUGUUGAAUGUAUUGCUGUCUCAUGGUUUUAUGGCGUUAAUCGAUUUUCUAAUGAUAUCAAAGCAAUGAUCGGUCACCGGCCAUCCUUGUUUUGGCGUGUAAUAUGGUACAUCGUUAGUCCACUCUUCUUACUGAUGAUAUUUUAUAUUUCGAUGGACAAUUUUCUCUUUGGUAAUAUGGAAAUUAAACGAAUUAGCUUUAGAAAUUUACCAACUAAUGUUCAAGUUUGGUCAUAUCUGAUGGUAUUUGUUCCUAUGUUAUGUAUACCAGCUUAUGCAGUGUACAAAUUAAUCAUCACGCCUGGCAAAGAUUUUGAUGAACGUCUUCAACGAGCCAUACAACCUGAAGAGCCUUUGCGCGAACAUGUCAGCUGUUUGCCUCUCAGUGGCCAAGAGCAACAGCCAACACAACAAGAAAAUAGAGUUGAUGAGCUCUAG